CAAUGCACCGGUGUGACACGAUGACAACGAAAAUAAACACGCUCUUUGGUUGAUGCUUGCUUGUUCGUCCUCUAAACCACACCGCCCGGUGAAGGCACUAGGCGCCCAAUUCUCUCCCGCUCUCCCCUCUGCUGCAAGUCUGCAACCGCAGCAGCACGUCCAUUUCACGUGCCCUUUCCUCCCUCCCUUUCCCCUGCCCCCACGCCACCUCCGUUCGCCGCCGCCCGCCGCGCCGGCGAUGGCGAUGACCGAAGGGCUUGUGCCUAUUACGCGGACCUACCUCGCGCGCUACUACGACAAGUACCCGCUGCCCCCGCUGCCCGACGCCACUACGGACCUCGCCGCCCGGCUCCGUGCUCUCUCCGCCGACCUCGCUGCCGUUGCUCCCAUCGCCCCAGAUGAGGAGCUCUUGGAACAAGAAGCAGCUGGCAUACCUGCCCACAAAAUUGAUGAGAAUUUGUGGAAGAACCGAGAACAAAUGGAAGAAAUUCUUUUCUUGAUUAACACAUCCCAUCGUCCUGUGGCUCUUCAACAGAAGUCCACCCCAGAAGAUGCUGAGAUAGUUUGUACACUUGAUGAUAUAGAAGCUAAAUUGAAGGAUAUGUUGAAGAACUUAGAACAAUUUCAGUUGAAAAAUGCUGACAAUGUUUUCAAUACAGUUAUGACAUACAUGCCCCAAGAUUUUCGGGGUACUCUAAUCAGGCAACAGCGAGAACGCUCAGAGAGAAAUAAGCAAGCAGAGGUAGAUGCUCUGGUUAGUGCUGGUGGAAGCAUUCAUGAUCGAUAUGCAUUGUUAUGGAAACAGCAAAUGGAAAGGAGGGUGCAAUUAGCACAGCUUGGUUCUGCAACAGGUGUAUAUAAGACUCUUGUUAGGUAUUUGGUCGGUGUUCCACAGGUUUUAUUGGAUUUUAUUCGACAAAUAAAUGACGAUAAUGGGCCUAUGGAAGAACAAAGAGAACGUUAUGGUCCAGCCCUUUACACCCUUACAAAACUGGUGCUUGCAAUUCGGUUGUAUUUGCAUGUCUCUUUGGCACGAUAUGGACAAAGGAAAAUAGAGAAGGAUGACGCUGCUGUGUUGCAGCAAGCUGUGGUUAUCUACACCAAGGAGUUUUUGAAGUUCACUGAAUUCAUUGGUGAGGUCUUUGUGAAUGCACCAUUCUUUAUAUCUGCUGAGGAUGCAGGUGCCGUGGAUGCAAGGAAAAGUGAUGAGUACAAAGAAACUAUUAUUCCAGCUGGAAAGACACAUGAGGUCAUUUUGAGUGUUGAAGCUGUAAACUCAUACAUCGCAUGGGACUUUUCCUUGCAACAAGGGGCCCUCAACAUGGUAUUGGACAUUGGCUUUCAUGUGGAGUACAUUAGCCCUUCAGGGGAGAAAACUUUAAUUCUUCCAUACCGACGAUAUGAAGCUGACCAAGGUAAUUUUUGCACUGUUUCAUCGGGAUCAUACAAACUUGUGUGGGACAAUUCAUAUUCUUCAUUCUUCAAAAAGGUCCUUCGGUACAAGGUGGAUGCUGUGCCACCGGUUGUUGAGCCGGCCUUGUCAGCCACGGAACUCUGAAGAGGUCUGUCUUAAUAUAAUGAUGUAACGAGGGCCGAUGCAUGCCCGAGUAUAGCUGUACAAAUGUUUCUGAAGGCCCCACACGGUGCUGUUACUGAUUAUUCCAUCGAAUGCUUUGCGGUGUUCUGAUCGCAGCAUUCCCUGAUAGCUCGCUGUCAGAGCGCAUGGAUAUGUACUUUGUGUGCACAUGGCUGCGGCCACUUGUCACCGACGAAUGCCUGAAUAUAACAGAAAUGUAUUAUAUCGACCAAUAAGAGCAUGUCUGAUUGGAAGCUGUCGUGGUUUGUUUUUA